GCUUUCCCUUCCAUUACUGGGUAAGACGUGGGGUUCUGGGUGAUGGUGGAUGCACAUUGCCUUUCUUGACCUGUUAUGUCGUGGUCGGAUCCGGCAUACGGUCUCGAGCAGACAAGAUAUCCCUUGGCGCCGCAUGCUUGCGGGCCCUGCUACCUUUCUGUACGUACCCGCGUGACAGGGAGCAACAGACUUGGGCGCACCCUGGUCGACGUACCUUGUGGGCUGACCGACGACUCCUAAUAAACGCCGCGCGUCGACUGCACCUCAGGAUGGAGAGCACUCCCGUCACGCCGACUAUCCGAUCCUCCGAGGCCUUCUCGAAGGUCACGCCUGCCAGCCUCUCGACCGCUGGUUCUCUGGAGAUGAGCCAAAGGAAGGAGAGAGGUGCGAUAGCGGCACAGGCCUGCGAUACCUGCCGCAGUCGUAAACAAAGGUGCGACGAGCAACGGCCCAAGUGCGGCACAUGUCAAAAGUUCCGGCUGGAGUGCAACUACCGGGAACCCCAACCGACCAAGAAAGACAAGACUCUGGUCGAGAUACUUGAUCGGAUCAAGGGCCUCGAAGGCAAGCUUGACAACCUGGGCCACGGCACCUCGAUCGGCCUGUCGGCCCCAGUAUGCGUAUGCUCUGUACCCGGCUCCCUCACAUCCCCGCCCCCACAAGCUCAGGCAGUACUGGGCCAGCCGGUCCCUGCAAGCUCGUCCUAUGCGUUUUCCGGAGAGGCCUCGACCCCGGAGGUGGUAGAAGAAGACCACUAUCGAUACGUGUCCUCCGUUCAUCAGAUGCUUAGGUGGCCCGCCAUCCAACAGCUCCUUGCAUCCAUACAGCACAGAAUCCCCGAUGUCGACCUGUCUAUUCUAGAUAUGGAAGGCCCGCUAAGCGCGAUCGCUGCCCGCCAGUCUGGGCUCCGGCGUUUGUCAACCAUCACCGGCAAAGCCAUCCGACGGGGCUCCACCGUUUCCAUGACCGACCGGGGAGCAGCGCAGGGUCCCAUAACCAUCACGGACCUGACCUGGGACACCAUGCAGAGGCUGAGCAAGGCUUAUUUUGACAGCUUCAAUCUCCUCUGCCCCAUCCUCGACCGACACUCCUUCAUGUCCGAGACCUUGCCUGCCCUCUUCAACCACGGAUUCGGCGAUGACAUGCCAUCGACCAUUGCCUUCCUUGUCUUCGCCUUGGGGGAGGUUGCCAUUGCCGGUUCCGAAGGUCCACCGGUGCAUGUGUAUAACGGCCGAGCGAGUGGCGUAAAAGGAGGCACCAGAGACCGCCCGCCGGGCUUAGAGCUGUUCAACGAAGCUCGGCGGCGGAUGGGCUUCAACUCGACAGAAUGCAGUCUCGAAAACGUUCAGAUGUUUGAACUUGCGAGCAUCUACUACGGGACUUGUUUCUCCCCGUUGGAUUUCUGGAGGAUGAGUGGUUCCGCGUCCGCCGCUUGUCAGGCGCUCAUUACGAGUCAUCCGAGCGUCCUGUCUUCUGCGCAGGCAGAUCUGACUCGCCGAGCCUUUUGGCACUGCUCGAUCGUGGAGACUGGUCUCAAACUCGAGUUAUGCUGCCCCCUCACAGGCUUGGCAAACAUGGAAUCGCUAGUCGGACUGCCCGAUUUCAGCGGUCCGUUCCCAGAGGAUGACUACAUAAGUAAUCAGGAGUCUCACUUCCAAGAGCAUUUCGCCUCCCAAAUUGUCCUUCGGCGGCUUUUGGUUGAUUUCCAUGCCGUCUUGAACCAAGACGUCACUCUUCAGCCACAUGUCGGGGCACUACAGUCCCGCGCCAACCUCCGCGGGCGUCGACCGGACCAAGAUUCACCAAUUCGCCCUCCAGCUUCAAAAAUGGCGCGGCAUGCUCCCAGUCCACCUGCGCUGGCAGGAUGAUGCCCCAGACAUCUACCUCAAUGGCAAUGACAACCCUAGCGUCGGCCUCUACAGGACAAACGCAUCCCUUUACACCCCGGCCACGACCCCGAUCACUACGGCAGGACCCAACCCAAUCCAACAACAAUUACAUCAAUAUCAACAACAACAACAACAACAACAACGGCAGCGGCGGCGGCGGAAGCAACAACAAUCAGAACAGGUCCAACCCCAACCGCCGGUCCCAGGCCCUACAGACACUGCCCUGCACAUGUUCACGACCGACCUUGAUGCAGUCGCAUCCCGUUAUGCCUACAUCCUAGACGUCCAAGUGGCACUCCUCCGCUCGCGCUACUACUAUACUAAGUACCUGAUCUACCGUCCCUUCAUCUACAAAGCGCUGCAUCAUCCGGACGCCAUGAGCCAUGACGACGCGGUCGGCGCUGCCGAGUGCCUCAAGGCGGCUCUCAAGUGGCCCGU